AUGAAAGUGAUACAUUUUUUUAAAUGUGUUCUGGUAUUUCUUAAGUUUCUAUUGACUUUUGCAGAUGCUAUCACAAUUUCUACUUACACUUAUUUAAAUAAUAAUGAUCUCUCUAAUGAUAUCACCAUUAAUCAAGAUUACUUUUUAGCGUUAGUCAAUGGGAACACUGAAGAUUUCCAGCAUAACUUAGUGGUGAAAGGUUCGCUUUUCAUUGGUGAUAAAAAUCCAGCUGAUAGUGGAUUCACUACUACAUUCACUGGUUCAACUCUAGAAAACGACGGUUUGAUUGUAGUUGAUGGUAGGAAUCUUUCAUCUGGUUCAAUGACUGUGUCAUGGAGUGGUUCUUCAAUUACUAAUAAUGGAAAAAUGUAUUUCAAUGGUUUAAAUAGUGAUUCGAAUAGUUUUACAUUGGAUCCGAGUUCAUCUUUGAUAAAUAAUGGUUUGAUGUAUUUUAGUCAAGAUAGUUCUUCUGGUUAUAGUGGCUCCGUGCAGCUCAAAUCAAAUUCUUUCACUAAUGAUGGUACCAUUUGUUUGAAAAAUGUGAAAGCAUAUUUAGAGAGUUCUAUAUCAGGUAAUGGUUGUAUUACGAUAGGUGAAAAUACAGUAUAUGCUAUUCAAUCUGAUAGUGAAGGCACACUUGGUUCACAGACUUUAUAUAUGACUUCUCCUUCUUCGAUGAUCUAUGUGGACUCAUAUGGUGUAACAAAUAAUAUCCAUGUUAGAGGUUUCGGUAAUGGUAAUUAUUUGACAUUUGGUACUUCAAUAGUUAGACAUUCUUAUAAUUCAGACACUGGUGUAUUAUAUUUUAGUGUCUUUUUAUUCAUUAGUCAUAAAAUUAAUAUCGGUACUGGUUAUGAUAAUGACGGAUUUUCAAUGACAACUAUAAGUAACCAUAUUGGUUCAAGGUUACUGAACAACGCUUUAGUGUAUAGUGGUUCUGACCCAAAUGGUAAGCCUAGCGCUUGUAUGGCAUGUGAUUCAUCUUCUUGGAUACCUGUUAUUAGUAUUCCUUCUUCUAGUUCAUUGCCUACAUUGUCAAGUGUCUUUUCUAGUUCUUCUAUUAUUUCGACAUUAUCUACUGUAAAUUCCUCUGGCUUUAUUUCUUCUUCUUCAUCAGCAAAUUUUUCUCCAUACCCAUCCUCUUCUUUUUCAUCUUCUACUACGUCAACUACAGCUAUUGUGGCAUCAUUUAGUACACCAUCUUUUUUUGUUUCAACUGUUGAUAUUUCCUCAUCAUCUGAUAGUAGGAUGUCGUCUCUUUUAUCCUCUAGUACUUCUACUACAUCAUCCAUUUCUCCAAACAAGUCCACCACUUCUGAUCUUUUAACGGCAUCGUUAAUGUCAAAAGCAACAACGUCUCAAGACAUAUCGUCCGAAUCUUCUUCUUUUGCAAAUAAUACUACAAGUAUAAAUCACUCUGCAGUAUUACCAUCUUCUACUUCUAUCAGAUCAUCAUUCAUCAGUUCUUCUAUGUCAAUGGAUCAUACAAGCACUAUGGAAUCAAGGGUCAAAACUAGUUCUACAGCUACACCAGUUUCUAGUAUGCCUUUUUCACAUUCUCAACUCCAAGACUCUAGUAUUGUAAGUUCAGUAUUUUUAUCUUCUGCACAAAGCACAACUUUUAUCUUGGCUUCUUCUUCCAUCACACCUGCUUUAAAAUCAUCAAAUAUUUAUAACACAGGCUCAAAAGCAUCUAUUGACCCUAUUUCUAGAACGCAUAGUUCAUCAAUUGAAAAUUCAAACAAAGUGGAUUCAACUACAACUUUCUCUACUACAAUAAAGACUUCUUCCCUUUCCAGCUUUAUGUCAGAUGGACAUACAGCUGCACCAAUAACGAAAAAAGACAGUUCUUCUGUUGCAUCUUCAUUGCCAGUUUUCUCAAGUAUGUCUAGUCAAUCAAGAUCUACUAUUUUAUUUAAUUCUUCAUCUUUAUGGAACAAAGUUUCCUCAGAUGGUAUGAGUACUAGUUCUUCAAGUCUAGCAGCAACAUCUACUUCUAAGGAAACACAUUCUGUCGAGUAUAGUGGAGCAUCUUCUACUAGCAUGACUAGUAUAUUUUCAUCGGUUUUGUCUUCCAUUAAAAGUUCUUCUAAGAGUGAGUCUGUUGCAAAACUCCAGUCUACAAGUUCGUCAACUGUAGACUCAUUUAGUGUACCUUCCUUUUUUGUUUCAACUGUUGAUAUUUCCUCAUCAUCUGAUAGUAGGAUGUCGUCUCUUUUAUCCUCUAGUACUUCUACUACAUCAUCCAUUUCUCCAAACAAGUCCACCACUUCUGAUCUUUUAACGGCAUCGUUAAUGUCAAAAGCAACAACGUCUCAAGACAUAUCGUCCGAAUCUUCUUCUUUUGCAAAUAAUACUACAAGUAUAAAUCACUCUGCAGUAUUACCAUCUUCUACUUCUAUCAGAUCAUCAUUCAUCAGUUCUUCUAUGUCAAUGGAUCAUACAAGCACUAUGGAAUCAAGGGCCAAGACUAAUUCUACAACUACACCGGUUUCUAGUAUAUUUUCUUCACAUUCUACCUUAACAAUUAGCUCAUUGUUUACUUCAACAGCAAAAACUUCACAUUCUCAACUUCAAAGCUCUAGUAUUGUAAGUUCAAUAUCCUUAUCUUCUAUCCAAAGCGGUGCUGCUAUUUUGACUUCUGCUUCUAGCACACUUGUUCUAAGCUCAUCAAAUAUUUAUAACACAAGCUCAAAAACCCAUAUCUCGUUAUCCUUGACUUCCAGUUCCUUUUCACUUUCUUCUUUAACUAAUGACUUAGUAUCCUCUCAUAAGUCAAAAGCUCUAUCUUCCACUAUAAAGGAUUCAGAUAAAAAUUUUACAUUUACUUCUAUCGAUCCAAUGUCAAGAAUGCAUAGUUCACCAAUUGAAAGUCCAAACAAAAUGAGUUCAACUACAACUUUCUCUACUACAAUAAAGACUUCUUCCCUUUCCAGCUUUAUGUCAGAUGGACAUACAGCUGCACCAAUAACGAAAAAAGACAGUUCUUCUGUUGCAUCUUCAUUGCCAGUUUUCUCAAGUAUGUCUAGUCAAUCAAGAUCUACUAUUUUAUUUAAUUCUUCAUCUUUAUGGAACAAAGUUUCCUCAGAUGGUAUGAGUACUAGUUCUUCAAGUCUAGCAGCAACAUCUACUUCUAAGGAAACACAUUCUGUCGAGUAUAGUGGAGCAUCUUCUACUAGCAUGACUAGUAUAUUUUCAUCGGUUUUGUCUUCCAUUAAAAGUUCUUCUAAGAGUGAGUCUGUUGCAAAAAUUCAGUCUAUAAGUGCAUCAGCUAACAAUUCAAAUAUCUCAAAAGUAAAUGUCAUUAGUCAUUAUAGCACUUAUGAUACCAUUGUAAUGACAACUACGACAGCAUCAUGUCCAUAUUCUGAAUUGGACAUGCUAUCCGAUACUUUAGUUGUAUUGACUACGGUAGUAGUUGAAAAUGAAAGUAAAAAGGAAUCCUCUUUUAUUUCUUUGGUUCACCCAUCAUGCAUGGCACAUACAACAACUUUAGCUACCUUAUCUGAGUCUUCAUAUAAUAAUAAAUCAUCUACAUUAUCAAAGGCACAGAUAUUCAAUCACUCAUUAGUUGUUUUACAAUCAGAUAACAAUGGAAUAAUAUUAACUGAAACAGAUCAACCUAAAAAGAAAACUACACUUGCUUUUACAAGGCCCAUAGAAUCUUCCCAGUUUAGACAAAAGACUCAGUCAAUUGGUACAGUUCAUACAACAAUGACAAUAACCGCUAGCACAAAGACUAUAUCCUUAACUGAUGGUAUUACUGAUGUUGUUAGAAUAAAUACAGACUCGGCUCCACAAAAAAUUACUAGCUCCAAGUUGAUCUACACAGUGUCUACUUACAUGCUUCAAGAAAAUGCUAAUAGUGGUUAUAAGUCUCAAAUGUUCAACUCUCUACUAUCAAUAAUUGUAUUAUACAUUUUCAUGCUUAUUUAG